UCCGGCAGCGCGGCCUGAGGCGCUGGGCCCAGCGCUCCCGCUCGCUCCGGGCGGCCCCGGCGGCCUCGGCGGCCUCAGCGUCCCCCGUUCCCUCCGCGCCCACCCCCGGGGGCGGCACGAACCCGCCGGGAAGAUGUCCCGGCCCGUCAGGAACAGGAAGGUGGUGGAUUACUCCCAGUUUCAGGAAUCAGAUGAUGCUGAUGAAGAUUAUGGAAGAGAUUCAGGUCCCCCGUCCAAGAAAAUCCGCUCGUCUCCCCGAGAGGCCAAAAAUAAGAGGCGAUCUGGGAAGAAUUCUCAGGAGGACAGUGAGGAUUCAGAAGACAAAGAUGUGAAGACUAAGAAAGAUGAUUCACACUCAGCAGAUGAAGAUUUUGGCAGUGAAGAUGAUGAUAUAGGAGCAGACGAUGGCAAAGCUGACAGUGACUAUGAGAGCUCUCAAAAAAGCAAAAAAGGAAAAAAGGCUAAACCAGACAAGAACAAGAGAGCAGCCUCCAAAUCCAGGAAAAGGCCUGCAGAGGACAGCGAGGAUGAGAAGGAGGAUCACAAAAACGUCCGUCAGCAGCGACAGGCAGCGUCCAAAGCAGCUUCUAAACAGCGGGAGAUGCUCAUGGAUGACGUGGGGAGUGAGGAGGAAGAGCAAGAGGAUGAUGAGGCCCAGUUCCAGGAGAAUUCAGGAAGUGAUGAAGACUUCCUCAUGGAAGAUGAUGAUGACAGUGAUUAUGGCAGUUCAAAAAAGAAGAAUAAGAAGGUCUCCAAGAAAUCCAAACCAGAGAGGAAAGAAAAGAAAAUGCCCAAGCCCAGGCUAAAGGCUACAGUGACCCCCAGUCCAGUGAAAGGCAAAGGGAAGGGAGGUCGUCCCACAGCCUCCAAGGCAACGAAAGAAAAGACCCCAUCCCCCAAAGAAGAGGAUGAAGAGCCUGAAAGCCCCCCAGAAAAGAAAAAAUCAGCCAGCCCUCCACCAGAGAAGUCAGGGGAUGAGGGAUCUGAAGACGAAGCACCCUCUGGUGAAGAUUAAAAAAUGGCAGUUGAGGAAAUCUUUGGUUAAAAAAAAAAAGAGAAAAAAAAAAAAGAAAAAGGAAAAGAAAAACAUACUUAGGGGUAGAACACGGUUUUGGCUGUGGCUUGACUCAUGGGCUUUGAAUGCUGUCUUUACUUUCAGCUGUUUAAUACAGUGUAUCCUUUUUUAAUAAGAGGAAACCCUUAUACAGUAAUAUUUUGAAGUCAAUGUUCUCUGUUGGCCAUUCCGUUCUCCCUCCCCCACCAAAUCUGAAAGCCAUUUGAGACAAAUUAACAGACCAUUAAAUAUAUUUUUUUUUUCAAGGGAUAUUGCAGUUGUGAAGCAAUAAGGUUUGAGGACUGAUAUGUGGAAACCAUACUUAACAAAUCCUUAAGUAGAAUAGAUUUUUUUUUUCCCAGUGCUGGUAAGAGUUGUUUAAAACUAUUAUUCUGUAUUUGAAUAUAUGGAGAGGAAAAAAAAAAAAAAAGAACCUAUGCUUUAACAGACUUUUGUUGAGACAAGUUCACUCUCAGAAAAAAAUGUAGUUGAUAUAAUUCCAGUGGAGGAAAAGGAGACACGGGGGGGAAACCUGUGUUUCUUGGAUUCAGGCACGUUUUUCAUGGAAAGCAAUCAAGAGACCCAGAGAUGGUCCAGUGUCUUUAAUUUAGAAAAGACCCUCCAAUUAGGAUGGGAGGUUUUUUGGUUUUUUUUUUGUCUUUGCUGGAUAAAAAAACUGUUCUGCUGUAGGCAAAUUGCAGCCCAUUCUCUACAAACCCAGAUGUACAACUUACAAGCUUCCCACAUCCAUUAACUCCACUUGAUUUCUUCAGGGUUGGCUGUAGAUGGGCAGAACAAGGAAGAGAGAUUGCAAACAACUUUUAAAACCAGUUUCCAUUUGGUUAUUGUGGAAAAUACAUCUCUAGAGGUUUUUUUCCAAGGAG